AUGUCUAAAAUUCCCGUAAUUAACGUUGUUGCCUGUCUGUUGCCUAAUAUGGGCAUUGGUUUCCAAGGCGGACUACCAUGGAGACUUUCCAAAGAGAUGAAAUUUUUUAAACAACUAACAACUUCUACAUUUGAUUCAUCUAAGAAAAAUGUUGUAAUAAUGGGUAGAAAGACAUGGCAGUCAAUUCCUGCAAGGUUUAGACCUCUGCCGAAUAGGAUUAACGUUGUUUUAUCAAGAAGUUAUUCUUCCCAUCUAUCAGAAUCUGAGGAUAAUACGCAUUAUGUGUGUAAUUCAUUGACCGAAUCACUUAAACAGAUCCAAGAUAAACUGGUAGACACUGUUGAGCGAAUUUACAUUAUCGGUGGUUCUGAAAUAUAUAAUGGAUCAUUUCGUCUAGCAGAUCAUUGGUUAAUUACAAAGAUUCAACCAAUACAAAAUAUUGAUGAACCGGCACCAAUGGUUGAUACAUUUAUAAAGAAGGAUAUGCUCUUGAAAUAUUUUAAAGAAGACCAUGAAGCAGACCUAAAUGCAUUUCUACCGGGCCAAGUUGAACUUCCUGAACAACUGCAAAAUGAAGCAACAUCUUUAAGAUAUAAACAAGAAGAGAAAGGAUUGGAAUUUGGCUUUUCGCUUUGGAACAAAAUAUAA